AGAUUAGUGGAGAGACAUGAACUUUCAUAAAUUAAGUAGCAUGUCGGAUAUAAAAUCAUCUAUGUAAUAUUUUUAAAUUUGCAUAAUAUUUCAGCAAUAAACAAUAAUAUAUAUACACUGUGUAUUAUACACAUAUGUAAGAUAGUAUAUAUCCACAAAUGUAAAAAAAAAAAAAACUCUAUCAUACACUCUCUUUUUAAAUAAAUGAUGUUUUGAAGUAUUUUGUUUGUUUUAGAUUACAAGUCAUUUCUAUUUUUCAAUUAAAAUUUUUGUUCUUUUAUCCUAUGUAACAUUUUAUAUUUUACAUAUUAUUUUUGUGUUGAAUGAAUUACGGUUAAAUGUUAUUUUUUAGAAAAUAUAUUAAAUUAUAUAUUUUUUAAUAUGUGUGCACAACUAUAAAGCAUUAGAGAAAAAACGAAAAAUAGUAUUCCUUUGAUUUUGUAUUAGAAGUCAAAGGACUUAUACCAUUCUACCACUUAUUUAACAUGUUAUAUUAUUAAAAGUCUUGGACAUCAGUAAAUUAGUGAGGUUUACAAAUUACCAUGUUUUAUAACAGUUUUUAAGAUAUAUAAGAACUUAAACUGAUACAAUUAUAGAAUAUUGUGGGAAUGAUUAGGGUUUGUCCCGAGGCAAGCUGUAAAAUCUAAAACCUCAAUGAUUUUAACUGGAAAACAUAUGUUUCUUUGCUUAUUUAGAUUUGAGUCCAAUGUAUUUUAAGAUUUAAGAUAAAUAGAAUUCAAUUUUAUGCAUUUAUCCCAAUUUACAUUUACAAAGAGAAAAAAAUAAUUAUAAAAAUAUUUAGAAAAUUUAUGCUCAUAUCUUUUUUGGUUAACAAUGAACAAAACAAUGUAAACAGUUCUGAAAGAUAAUUACAGUUUGAUGAGCCAAAAAAAACAACAUAAUUUAAAUAUACCACUGACUAUUAAAGAUAUUUAAUCAAAACAUUAAUAAAGACACAUACUAAUAAAACCAGUAAAUACUAAGUUUCAAAACAAUUUAUAAAUAUUUGUUGAAAUGUGAAAAUUUGUCAUUUUCUUAUAAUAUAAUAAUUGAAAUACAUAUAAGUAAAAUAACUUAUCAACACCAAAUUAAAAAUAAUUUAGGUCACAUAGUUUAACAUAGUUUUAAAUUGGUAGAAAAGGAAGUUCUUAAUUUUUAAUUGUGUGAUACAAUGAUAAAUACAUUAGAAGAAUAUAAAAUAUUUUUAAACUAUUAGAUAAUAAAAAUAAUACUAAAUACAGAAAAUAGAACAAAAUAAUUUACAUAGCAAUAAAAUUGAAAAUAAACUUAAAGACAAAUAAUCUGCGCGUAGCGCGGAAAAAUGACCUAGUGUAUGUAGAAUAGGUAAAAUAUGAUUAGAGGUUCUUUAUUAAAUGUUUGGACCAAACCGGCUGAAUAUUUUUAUAAUGUUAGGUUCGAUGGUUCUGUAUUACAGGUUAAGCACAUUUAGUGAGAUUGACAUUGUAAUUCAAUAACGAUGAAAAACUGUAUGCCGGUUCACCAAACCGAAUUUUUAGGCUUAUGUGUCACUAUAGUUACGAUUAUAUGAAAUAUUUUUAGUAAGUUAUAAUAAUGAUAUAAUUAGAGAAUAAAUGAAACAUUUUUUUAUAGGUCUAACUUAAGAAAAUCACACAUGAAUUGAAGUUAUGACUUCUAUUUAAUAAAAUAGAUACGUCCUCAUUUUUUUGGGUUUGUUACAUAGUUACAUAGUUAAUGAUAUAGUAAACAUUAAUACGCCAAAGGUAUAUGUGGAGUGGGAGUGUUAUAUUACGUAAAUAGUCUAGUAAAGAAAAGGGAAUAAAUUAGUUUGGCCGAGAAGCAUUGUGGAGCUGCAACUUUUGCAUGGCAUGAGUGUAAAUAUAUUACACAUUUAAAGUUAUUCUUUUAAAAUGCUUUUCUAUUAAUAAAAAAAGGAUGGAAUAUAGAAUAAAAUUGUUCCAACCCUAAUUCCAUUUCUUUUUGAUAAAAUGUUAAAUUUAUUGAUCUUUAAGGAACUAUAAGAAUAUUUAAAUCAAUAUUCCAAACACUAAUUCUAUUUCUCAUUUUAUAAUGGAGCAAUGGAGUAAGAAAUGUAGUAUGGCCGGACUAUUUUUACUCCUUAUUCCAUUUUAUUCUAUUUUGAAAAAAUAAAAUUUUACAUUAGAAAUACUCUUAUGAAUGAUUUGGAUAAAACCGACUGCAUUCAUUCGCUGUAAGCAAACCUUGGAUAAUCUACAAUAUAUGUAUAACUAAACAAAUUAUUUAUUCAAAACCUAAAUAUAAAAUGAUUUGCAAUGUUAACCUACAUUAACCGGUUCCAACCUGUUUUUUUUUAAGAGGAUUUAGGAGCUAUAUACACUAAUUGAACCAUAACUAAUUAAAUAUUUUUUCACUAUUCGUAAUAUAGUAGUAUUGUUACGUAAAUCCUCUAUUUAUUAAAUGUUUCUACACAUUUUACUACGAGCAAAUUUUGUAUUGUUGCAUUUUUGAUAUGGACAUAACAUCUUACUGGUUUCUUGCGUAACCAGUGUAGUACCCGCGUGGUAGAUAGAUAUGCCUUUAGACCGUUGAAAAAUUCCUUCGUCACUCUUCAUCAGAAUCUUUGUACAUAUACAUUCAACUUCGUAACUCGUAGAUAUUGUUAUUUGAUGCCAUUGUUUUCCUAUGGAUUUUUAGUUUUUUUUUUCUUCUUUUGGUGUGUUUUAACAUUAUGAGACACAUGGAUUAUAUAUAGAAAAAAAAAUUCUUUGGUAGGUAGAAAAUUGACAAUGGAUUAAAAAUGUAUGAUUAUAGUUUUACAACGACUUUACGACGUAUAUUGUUUGGUGUAUAGCACAUAAAUCAUUUUUUUCAUCUACCAUUUGAUUCUUCCUUAUUCAUUCGUCGCUAAUUAGUUGUAUAAUCCUCUAUCGUAAAGUUCUCGUAAACGUACAACUGUUUUACAUGAAUCGUAGAAGUUAAUUGUUUAUUCGUCGUAAAUAAGAAAUGAAUUUACAAAGGAACACUUUCGUCAUAAAUUUAUUCUAGAAGAACUAUUUUUUUGACAUAUUUUCGUUAUAUAUUACUCUCUUAUUUACGAUGACCCAUAUUCGUUGUAAAUGGUUGUCGUUAAACUCAUGUUUUCUUGUAAUGCAGAGUAUAUUAUAGCACAUACUUUAUAAUAGAUAUGUGCCUAAUUUUUGUUUUACUAUAGUUAUAUGAUAUCUUGCAUAUUUCCAUUUUUUUAUCCAUCCAUCCAUGUGCAUUUUGAUCAUAUAGAUUAGGAUUUAGUCAUGUUUAGGUUGCAUUUUGCAUACAUGAGUCCUUAUCAAGUAUUGGAGUAUCACAUGGAGUUCUUGGAGACGUUUGGGUGCAUUUGGAGCUCAAGAGAAGUGUUUAAAGUGAUCAUCAGACGAGCAACACACCGGAGCAACCUAACCGGAGCGACGUUGUGAAGUCGCUGUGGCUACCCCUUCAGAGCGACUUCAUUGGAGCGACUCCCCGAAGUCGCUCACUCUUUUGUUUCUUGGAGGCACGAAAUCGCUCUCGGAGCGACCUCUCGCAGCGACCCAUCCAGGUCGCUCCUGAAGCCCGGAGCGACUUGUCGGAGCGACGUCCUGAAGUCGCUGUGCUUUACCUCUCGGAGCGACCACGUUGGAGCGACGUCCUGAAGUCGCUCGCUCUUUUGACGAAACGGAGCUCAAAACUGGAGCCGGAGCGACCUCUCGCAGCGACACCCUGAGGUCGCUCCCGAAGGCCAGAGCGACGUGCUGAAGCGACCUGCCGAGGUCGCUGCGCGUCGCCUAUCUGCUCGAAUUCAUGUUUUCUCAAGGGCCUUUUGGUCAUUUCAUUAAGCACGUUUUUAUUCUGAAAACCUAUGUUUUAAUACUCUGUAAGCCACCAAGAGGAUCUUAUCUUUUGUUCUUAAGAAAAACUACCAAAAACUUUUGGAAAGUCAUCUCUUUGAAUCAAUUGAUCAGUUUGUUAUUGAAAUUCUGUGUUCUUAUAUCUAUUUUCUGUGUUUCUCUACAUGAUUAAUCUGAAAUCCAAUAUGGGUUUAAGAGGAAUCAUGGAGAUUAGUGAGUAAUCACCUUUUGAAUUCAUGGGUUAGUGAGAGUAAGGGUGAUUAGGUUAGAGCUAGGAUGUUUUAGUGUAGAUCAUUCAUAUUUCCUUGCUAGUAGAGUAAUCAUAAUGCAUCUUCUGAGAUGGCCACUCAGUCGUUGAUCCUUAGGCAUUUCUCACCCGAAAGGUGUUCGAGAAAAUGCCCGAGACAACUCUUCUAAGCUUUUAGCAUACUUUGCCAAAGACAUUUGUUGUUAGAGGUGCUAAGAUAGCCAUUGGACUUGCUAGUAAAGAUUGUUUUCAUAUUAUUCAACCAAAGACAUUUGAUGUUUGAAUUGUGUUAGUAAAUGAACAUUCAUCUAGACAUAGAGUUUGUUUAGGAUUGUGUCUAAGCUUAAGGUUGAUAGUUUGAUUGAUCGUUUGCCAUCCUUAGUUCGAAACUUGAUCACCCGAGGUCUAAUCCCUAUAUCCAUGAGUUCUCUUUUCCCAUAGUUAAGAAAGUAUCAUUCGGUUAUUGUUUCUAUUAGUUUAGUCAUAGCUUAAAACCCAUCUAAAUCAUUGGUUGCACUUAGAUUAAGUGAUUACUUGCAUUCUCGGUGCUUUGAUAUCUCUCAUAACUGGUUCGACAAUCAUUUAUACUACAACAUUUGUCUUAGGAGCCUUGAAAACUCCUAACAUCAUUAUAUCCUUCUGAAAGUUUUUCCGAAGUCUUCUCACUAUUGCAAAAAGUCUGUCUGGUUACUUUUGCAAUUGAAAAAUUAUAGUAAAACAUUUAAUAUUAAUGAGAAGACUUCUCGACUUCUCUAAUUUUAUUCUAGGUUUUGGUCAAACUUUGGUUACGAGAGAAGACUUCUAUAGAAGUAGAGUUCUAUAGAAGUCUUCUCUGGAAAUAUCAAAUAUAGUCAAUUGCAAAAGUAUUCCAAGUAAACUUCUUGCGACAUGAGAAGAUUUUCCGAAAGACUUCUAUAGAAGUCUUCCCCGAGAAGAUUUUCUGAGAAGUCUUCUAUAAAAAUUCAAGUUUCUGACAAAUUUCUGUCAAUUGCAAAACUAACAUGUUUAUCCGAGAAGAUUUCUCUUCUCCGGCAUUUUCGAGCAAUAUUUACAAAGGAAAACUUUUUAAGAUGUCUUCUGUAGAGUAGAUUUCUUAAUAGUUUUACAACGACUUUACGACGUAUAUUGUUUGGUGUAUAACACAUAAAUCAUUUUUUCAUCUACCAUUUGAUUCUUCCUUAUUCAUUCGUCGCUAAUUAGUUGUAUAAUCCUCCAUCGUAAAAUUCUCGUAAACGUACAACUGUUUUACAUGAAUCGUAGAAGUUAAUUGUUUAUUCGUCGUAAAUAAGAAUUGAAUUUACAACGGAAUGUUGUAAACGUGAAGAAAAACAACGUCAAAAUAAUACGCACCAAAACUUGACAUUUUCGCAUUGUUAUUUACUAUGUGGAGCCCACUGUCACUAUGCACACACAGUAACUUUCUCUUUUUCACUUAUAUAUAAAUGAUCGUUUCGAUCAAUUGUAAUACACCAUCUCUUCUUCCUCAUAUAACAUAUUCUCUCUCGUUAUUAUCUUGUAUCAGUAGUAUCUCCUUUCUGCGGAUAUAAAAUUUUGCCCUUAUUUAAAUUUCUCAAUACUAUAAAAUUAUAAGUUAUUUUAUAACAUGUUAUCAGCACGAUCACUCUGCGAUUCGAAAUACAAAUGGCAAACAUCGAGAAACUUCAGUUCCCGGCUCUCAAAAUAACUGGCGAAAACUACGUCGGAUGGGUCACAAACGUGAAACCAUAUCUGGUGAUGAAAAAGAUAACUGAAACGAUUGUAAUCGGUAACAAAUCGCCGCCCGAGCAUAUAGCCGAGGCGAUAAUCUUCCUGAAGAAGCAUUUAGAUGAGAAUCUAACGCACGACUAUGCAAGCGUUGAAGACCCAGCUGAACUGUGGCAAGCUUUAAAAGAAAGGUUUGAUAACCAGAGACAAGUCAACCUCCGUCACGCUCUAGAAGAGUGGAAAAACCUGAGGUUCCAAGAUUUUCAAAAGGUUGAGGAUUACAAUUCCGCUGUCCUGAGGAUAGUUUCACUCCUGAAAUAUUGCGGUAACCCUGUCUCUGAGGAAGAAAUGAUGAAUAAAACAUACAACACUUUCCACAAACAGCUUCACUUCCUGCCCGAAAUAUACAGAAAAUGCGGGUACACAAGAUUUUCUGAAUUGAUGGUUGCGCUCAUGUUGGCUGAAAAGAACAAUGAGCUCCUGAUCAAAAACCACAAUUCCCGACCUACGGGAGCCAAAGCAUUUCCUGAAGUGAAUGCUACGGCGAUAGAAAAUUCAGAAAGGAGGAACCAGACCAACCGAGGUCAUGGUCGUCGUUUCAACAACAAACGUGGAAAAACUUACAAUCCCAAAUGGAAGGGAUCUAACAAGUGGGUUAGAUCCGAACAAGUUUCUAAGGGUAAAAAAACUCAAGGGGAUACCACCCAGAAGCGUGAGACAGUGUGUUACAGAUGUGGCUGUAAAGGACAUUGGUCCCGUACAUGUCGUACUCCUCCACAUCUCUGUAAGUUAUAUCAAGAGUCCACGGAAGGCAAAGUUAAAGAAGUGAACCUCACUGAAAACUUUGAAGGGACAUCGUACCUCGAUGCCUCCGACUUUGCAAAUGAGCUGGACUAGAUUACUCCUGAAGAGAAAAGAGAUGCUUAUAAUAAAACUAUCGAAUAGUUUUCAGUAUUGUCAUGUAUAAUUAUUACAUUUCCUGUUUUAAACAAAUAAUGAUGUUUUAACGUCACCUUAAUGUAUAAUUAUUGUGUGUUUCCUUAUAUGAUUAUUAUAUGAAUGAAUUUUAUGUUUUUCUUUUAUUAAUAUUUAUGACAAUUUCAGAAAUGGGUCGAAAUGCUAAUGGAGCAAAAUCCAAGAAACGGAUUCGUGAAAUAUGUAUACCAGAUAGUGGAACAACGCACACUAUUCUGAAACAAAAGAGAUAUUUCUCUAAUAUAAAACCGACAAGAAUUGUCGUCAAUACAAUAUCAGGUCCUGCAGACAUGAUUGAAGGAACCGGUAAAGCAAACUUUACGUUGCCGAAUGGAACAAAAUUUUCCAUAAAUAAUGCUCUAUAUUCUCCGAGCUCUAAAAGAAAUUUGUUGAGUUUUAAAGACAUAUAUCUUCAUGGAUAUGACACUCAGUCUGCAACUGAGGAUGGAAAGAAAUACAUGUAUGUAACUUCUGAGCAAUGUGGCAGAAAACACAUAUUGGAAAAGUUUCCAGAACUUCCUUCGGGACUACAUCAUACUUAUAUCGAUGAGAUCGAAUCAAACCUUGUAGUAAA